AUGUCCUCCGCGACGACGUUCGCGACCGCCGCGUCCGCGCCGCGCGCGUCUUCCCGCACCGCGGCGUCGUCGCGAGGGACGGAACCCCCGAGCGUGUCUCCGCGAUCCGCGGCGGCGGCGUCCGGCGCGUCGUCCCUUCGCGGCUCGGGUCGUCGACGUCACCGAUGCCCUACCCGAAACAACCUCGACGUCCGUUCGCGGCGGAUGCGGAUCGACGGCGGCGGCGCGCGAUCCCCGGAGACGACGCGCCGCCUCGACGCGGUGAUCGACCCGGGCGCCGCGUCCACGAUGGACGACGACGCGGCGACGGACGCCCGCGCCGAUUCGCGCGCACACGAGGAGGAGAAGGUGGGCGUGCUCCUCCUCAACCUCGGCGGCCCCGAGACCCUCGACGACGUGCAACCGUUCCUGUACAACCUCUUCGCGGACCCGGACAUCAUCCGCCUCCCGCCCGCGCUGCGCUUCUUGCAGUCCCCGCUCGCGACGAUCCUAUCCAACUCCAGGGCGCCCAAGUCGCAGGAGGCCUACGCGUCCAUCGGCGGCGGCUCGCCGCUGCGGAGGAUCACGGACGAGCAAGCCGCCGCGUUGAAGGCGGCGUUGAAGUCCAAGGGCGUGGGCGCCGACGUCUACGUCGGCAUGCGGUACUGGAAGCCGUUCACGGAGGACGCCGUGGACGCCAUCAAGGCGGACGGCGUGACGACGCUCGUGGUCUUGCCCUUGUACCCGCAGUUCAGCAUCAGCACCUCCGGGUCGUCGCUGCGUCUUCUGGAGGACAUCUUCAGCGAAGACGCGCAGCUGCAACGCGACGUCGCGCACACGGUGAUUCCCUCGUGGUACGACCGACCCGGGUACGUCGCGUCCAUGGCGAAGCUCAUCAAGAAGGAGAUCGAGCGACCGGACAGCGCGUUCGACUCGCCGGACGAGCCUUUAAUCUUCUUCAGCGCGCACGGCGUCCCGGUGAGCUACGUCGAGCAAGCCGGAGACCCGUACAAGGCGGAGAUGGAAGAUUGCGUCGCGCGCAUCGUCGACGAGCUGAAGCGACUGGGCGUCCGCAACGAGCACGUGCUGGCGUAUCAGAGCAGGGUGGGCCCGGUGGAGUGGCUGAAGCCGUACACGGACGACACGAUCCGCGAGCUCGGGGAGAAGAGAGGGUGCAAGGCCAUGGUCGCGGUGCCGAUCUCGUUCGUGAGCGAGCACAUCGAGACGUUGGAAGAGAUCGACAUGGAAUAUCGCGAGCUCGCGGAGGAGAGCGGGAUCACGAAGUGGGGGCGCGUUCCCGCGCUGGACACGGACCCGACGUUCAUCGCGGACCUCGCGGACGCGGUGGUGGACUCCCUGGAGGGGAUGAAGGCGGACGUGCCGUCGGCGAGGGCGAAGAAGAGAUCCGGAUCCGGCGUCUCUUCCGGGUCGUUCGACGAGGGGUGGCUGAGCUCGGGGGACUACGACGCGACGGAUCUCCCUCCGGUGAUGCCGAUCGGCGCGGGGGUGGACAUCAGCGACCUCGGGAGCGUCGGCGACCUCCUCGGGGUCGGGUUCAAGCCCGAGCCGUGGAAGUGGGGGCCGUUGGAGUUCGCGAUGGUCACCCUGAGCAUCUUGCUCAUCACCAUCUUGGCGAUGGAUCCGCCGUAG